AUGGAGAGGCUACCUCUCGCAUUUAUCGUGAUGCUCUAUUCCAAGCACAUCAAUAUUACGGCGACCACCCACGACAAAGGCGCUCUGGUAUUCAUUGUAUCAGACGCAUUGGAAAAAUCGAAGGCAAGCAUUGCUAUAUAUCUAUGGAUUGAGCAAGUGAUGUCCAAUGCAGAGUUGUUUCUGCACCGCAUGCACCGUUUGAUAGGACAGUGGAACUGCCUACCAAUUGACAAGCAGCUCUCACCCCCGACAUCCGAUCAUGGGUCGCAGAACAAAUUUUCCAACGCCCUACUUUUAUCGAAAAGCCGUUGUCCCAGAAUCUUCUCGAGGGCAUCCGGUGAAAGAUUGGCGACGGGGCCCAUGGGAUGUGACGUAGUUGGUGCACGGAGCUUCUUGGAUCGGAGCACACCUCUACGCUUGAUAUCGCCAGACAAGACGGAGCAAGCCUUCCAGCGCGCAAUUGCUGGCUAA